GCCUGGGGCAAAUGCGCCUCUGGUCGGCUCCCCCCUCUGCGCUUGGAAAACGACCCCCGUGCGCCCCGGGUUCAAAGGCCCGACGCCGCAGCUCCAGCCCCUCGGAGGGGCGGGGAGGCGAAGGGGGUGGUGCGGGAGCCAGAAAAAGCCGAGCCACAGCCGGCCAGCCCUGCGCAGGGAUGGGCAGCGCGCUCUGAAAGUUCGUGACCGCCGCAGGCAACUAACUCUUUGCCGGGACGCGCAGCUCAGGCAGAGGCAGGACUCGAAAGCUAUACCCGAUCCCAGUGCCCUUUCGAGAGCGGCCACCCUCCAGGCCCGGUGCUCCGGCGCCAGACCAGGGUUCAUGGAGCCGGGGCUGUGGCUCCUUCUCGGGCUCACAGUGACCUCCGCUGCAGGAUUUGUGCCUUGCCCCCAGCCUGGAGGCUCUGGCAGAACCAGCGUGUCCCAGGGCCCCUCUGAAGCUGGCUCAGAGGGGAACUGUGAAGAGUCUGUGGCCCCAACAGUUGCACAGCCUGCAAGUCCUGGAAGUGCUGGUCCGGAACGGGGACUGGGCAGGUCUGGGGAGCAGGAGGCUCAGGGGGUUCCUGCACACCCCCGACCCCGGCGGUGCACAUGCUUCACAUAUAAGGACAAGGAGUGUGUCUACUACUGCCACCUGGACAUCAUCUGGAUCAACACCCCUGAACAGACUGUGCCCUAUGGACUGUCCAACUACAGAGGAAGCCUUCGAGGAAAGAGGUCCUCCGGGCCAUUUCCAAACAGCUCCCAGCCUUCUUCACGGACACGCUUGCGCUGUGCUUGUAUGGGAAGAGAUGACAAGGCCUGUGCACUCUUCUGUGCGCACACUGCAGAUUUCAACAGUGAUUCCUGGAGACCAGCUGCAGAAGACAAGGGGGAGACCAGAGGCGCACGUCAGAGGUUGAAGUCAAGGACGGAGAAAGGCCACCGGCUGUAGCAGUCUGCUACCAAUGCUUCUUGCUUCCUGCAGAGAACUUCACCCUCCUCUCCCUGCCUGCCAACUGCCUUCCAGGAAAGAGACAUUGUGCUUACUUACACAGUUCAAAUUUCCUCUUUAGGGACAAGGAGGGAAUUGACCUGAGGGGGGGUGGGAGAAAGAAAGAAAGACCCACCCAAAGAGCCCCCACUUUCCAGUACACCCCUACCCCAAGAAUGCCCAAGUCCCAAAGACCCCAGCUUCCUAAUGGGAAAAAUGAUCCCAGAUGUGCCCCGGGGGCCAGAUGCCUGCAGCUCCGGUUUCACGGGGAAUUGUUUGGGAGGUAUGUUAACUCUGAAAGCUACUGACUAGCUUCUGACAUGACUCCUCUUGGAAAGUAAGUGGACACCAGGCUGGCUCUUUACAAAAGUAAACACACGACCAUCUCCUAGAAGAUGCAGGACACCCAUGUGGCCGGAGCAGCCCUGCUCUGCAGCCUGCCAGGCCUGCCCGAGUUAGUGGGUGCAAGACCUCUGUCUGCUCGAGACCCCAGUCCUAGCUGUGCUGCAGUCUGUAAACUUGCAGUUUGUGGGAUAUAGAAAUGUCUAGCUGUGCUUGGUACUCACCAAAAGAGUGGAUCUCAAAAGUGGGAAGAAAAGGAAGACAAGUGACCUCGACGUUUGUGAGACAAACAAGAGAAAACACAUUCUUGAUGGUUUUGAACUCCAGGGCACACUGCAAAGAAAGCUGUGGGUUCUGCAGGAUGGUCUCGUGUCAGAGCUCCCAAGCUGCCUUGCAGGGAGCUGCCCCGAGGAGAGUCAAACUCAAGGCUAUUAGGCUAAAUAUCUGCUUUCAUGAAUAAAUGUGGAUCUUUAGGGAGUGACUGCGAAAUAAGCUGGAAACACAAACUCCUUGUACAUUAUGUAAAUUUCUGUUUAUCUAUAUAAUUGGCAACAACUGGGAAUUGUAACUCCUGAUGCUUUAAAAUCUUUUAGUUGAACUCUCUCUGCUGUGUUCAUGGAGAGUGUGCGCUGGGGAGUGGAUUGUGAGUUCCCAUGUAAACUCGGCUAUGCGGGCCCAGCUGGGGACAGUCUGCCCACCUCCCCACGAGGCUUCACAGCAAUGAGGACCUGUCUUUGGGCAUGUGCCAAGGGUACCAUGCGGAGACACUUUAGCCGGUGUGUGAAGUGGGGCCUUAACCAGAUGUUGGACUUGGGAGGAGUGCCUCCUAAGUCACUCCAGGUGUGAUUGUGCCCGUCUGUUGGGGAGGGGAGGGGUGAGAGUGGUGGU